GCGGAACUUGCUCACGUCUAGCUAGGCCAGAGUGGACCCAUUAGUUACACAACAGGUUCACGACAGAAUAAACGCUUCAUUACGCCGCUGCUCGUCUUUACCUUCAGCCAUGAAUCCUGAUAUUCGCCGAGAACGAGAAAAUGCCACGUUUAACACGGAGAUCCUCACCAACAUACUGGACGGCUGUGCAGAGAAGACCAAGAGGAGAAGAGAAAUAGAGUCUCUGGUGGUCAGUGACCCUGACUUCCAGCACGAUGACCUGAACUUCAUGUCCCGCAGCGAGCGUUACGAUGCCGCCGUGAAGAAGAGCUCCCAGAUGAUCAUGAAGCUCAGAGAUUAUGGCAUCUCUGACCCAGAGGAGAUUUAUUUCUAUAAAAGAAUUGCACGAGGAAACUUCCACGAGGCUUUCGGUCUCCACUACACAAUGUUCCUCCCCACGCUGUACAGCCAGUGCACUCCUGAGCAGCGCAAGAAGUGGCUGCCACUGGCCGAAAACUUCAAGGCACUCGGCACCUACGCCCAGACUGAGCUGGGGCACGGCACACACAUCCGCAAGCUGGAGACCACGGCGACCUAUGACCCCUCCACUCAGGAGUUUGUUCUGAAUUGCCCGACAGUCACCUCCAUUAAGUGGUGGCCUGGAGGACUGGGUAAGACUUCGAAUCACGCCAUCGUGUUGGCCCAGCUCUACACGCAGGGCAAAUGUCACGGCCUCCAUGCCUUCAUUGUCCCCAUACGCUGCAUGAAAACACACCAGCCUCUGCCAGGUGUGACUGUGGGUGAUAUCGGCCCAAAGUUUGGCUUUGAUGAAGUGGAUAAUGGAUAUCUGAAGCUGGACAACGUUCGUAUCCCACGCGAGAACAUGCUGAUGAAGUACGCCCAGGUUGAGCCUGACGGGUCGUAUCUGAAGCCUCCCAGCGAUAAGCUGACAUACGGCACCAUGGUGUUUAUCCGUGCCAUGAUCGUGGGCGAGUCUGCCAGAGCUCUGUCCAAAUCCUGUACCAUCGCCAUCCGCUACAGUGCCGUCCGCCACCAGUCCGAGCUACGACCAGGAGAGCCGGAACCUCAGAUUUUGGACUAUCAGGCUCAGCAAUAUAAACUCUUCCCCCUGCUGGCUGCUGCCUACGCCUUCACCUUCGUGGGUCAGUACAUGAGCAACACCUACCAUCGCAUCACCGGAGACAUCAACCAGGGAGACUUCAGCCAACUGCCUGAGCUCCAUGCUCUGGCUGCAGGUCUGAAGGCUUUCACCACCUGGGCUGCAAAUGCAGGUAUAGAAGUAUGCCGAAUGGCAUGUGGUGGACACGGCUACUCGCGCUGCAGCAGCCUGCCGGACAUCUACGUCACCUUCACUCCAACCUGCACCUACGAGGGAGAGAACACCGUCAUGAUGCUGCAGACAGCCAGGUAUUUGGUGAAGUGUUACCGGCAGGUGCGCGAGGGGCAGCAGCUCAGUGGGACUGUGUCGUAUCUAAAUGAGCCGCAGCGUCUGCAGCCUCAGCCUGUGUCCUCCAGACCCACUGUGGUCAACAUCAACGACCUGGCCAGCCUGGUGGAGGCAUACAAGCUCCGCGCCGCCAAGCUGGUUGAAGUGGCGGCUAAGAGCCUACAGGGGGAGCUGCAGCGCAGCAUAAGCCAGGAAGACGCUUGGAACAACAGCUCCAUCGAACUCGUCCGAGCCUCUGACGCUCACUGUCACUACGUGGUGGUGGAGCUGUUUGCUGCUAAGCUGAGUGAAAUCAGUGAUACUGCAGUGCACUCAGUCCUCAACACACUGGCUCUGCUCUACGCUCUGCACGGGAUCACCCUCAACUCCGGAGACUUUCUACAGGCUGGUCUGCUGACUGUUCCUCAGCUGUCUCAGAUCACUCAGCGGAUAAAGGCUCUGAUGGUGGAGAUCCGGCCGAACGCUGUUGCUCUGGUCGACUCCUUCGACUACCGCGAUGAGACGCUGAAUUCUGUGCUGGGUCGCUAUGACGGAAACGUGUACGAGAGCAUGUUCGAGUGGGCCAAAAGGUCCCCCCUCAACCGCACAGAGGUCCAUGAAUCCUACUACAAGUACAUGAAGCCUCUCCGGUCCAAACUGUGAGGAAGAACGUCCAUCCAAAAGCAUUUAUAGCACUAACUCCUAGACAGAGAACAAUCCUUCAAUCAAAUAUCACCAGAAGGCCAUGACUGAGCUGCUGCAGUGACCAGGGCCUUUAUUUAAUCAAAGUGCUGUUCUAGGAUCAGUUUAACGUCUUUUACAUUCUAAUGAAUAUCUUAAUAUAGAGGGGGGACCUGAUCCCAGACCAGAAGCUACAAGAAACGAUUGAUAAACGUGGGCCCAGAUAGGUAUACAUGGUCCAAAGGCCUGGAGUAGCAUAACAUAAAGGGUAGCAUUACAGCGCUGGAAGAGUCGAAUGUGGAUCCCAUACAAAUUGGGACUGGAAGCAAGCGCUUCAGGGAGAAAAUGAUUGUUUGUGGUUGUUAUUCUGUGUCUGAUUUUCUCCAGCCUCUCGUAUUCUGACCGAUCAAAGGGGAGUUCCACCAGUUGUUUCAAAAUUUCUGCCAUUCAGACUGGUUUAAUGUGAAAUGGUUAAUUGUAGGGAAACUUAUUGACUCAACUUAUUGACUAUUUGAUUUCUUUACAGUGGUGGCGAUAGGAACCAGGGGUCACAAUGUCUACAACAAAAAUAUAGCAAUUUAUUUACUGUCCAAAAACACCAGGGAACCUACAUGUAUUUUGAAUGUUUAUAUGUAAUGAUGAUAAGAAAAUAACAGUAAAACCGAUCUUUGGGUACUAUUUUAAUGAAUGUUUUAGGCCAACGUCUUACAUCUGUUGUA